UUAAAUCAUUCGAGGAGCUUAGAAGUUUGUGGUUCUCUAAAGUGAAAAAAAGGCUUAUUUUUUGCAGUUAAAAGAAACAAGAGUUCAAGAAAAAUUGGAAAGAAUUUCACAAAGUUAAUAAAAUUGGACAGCAAAGUUAAAAAUGAAGCUGAUAUUGCAGUUUUUAUGCCUUUUAAGCUUAACGCUUGGUGUAUUAAGCGAACUUGAAAUCACACGACGUCCAACACCAUCACCAUAUCCUGAUAUAUGCAGCUAUAAUAAAGACUUAUUUGAUGAUCAAAAAUAUUUAAAAUCAGCGUGCUUUAUGGAACAAAAAUCAACUCAAAGAGAUGCAAAGCAUGCAUGUAAAAUAUUAGGAAUGGAUUUGUUCAUAAUGCGUGAUGAAAUUGAGGCUUCACAUCUUAUGGAUGCAGCUCAAGAAAAAUAUAGAUCAGCAUUCCCAGGAGGUAAAGAUUUAAUCUGGGUCAAUGGAAAUCGAGCAUCACUUUCAAAACGUUGGCAAAUCACUGACGUAGAGGGAAGGACUAUUGAUCGUUUAAAUCCAAAUAUCCCAUUUUAUAGCAAUCAUGAGUCUGGAAAUUGUCUUAGCUUGUCUCCAAAAUAUACAAAAAUUUAUGGAGUUCUUCCUGGAAACUGCAUGAUUAAAUCGUUUUUCGUAUGUGAACAUCAAAUUAGAUCACAAUCCCCACCCAAACCUGAUUUAAGCCAAUGUCUUUAUGUUCGAGAUGUCCGUCGGAAUAAGACUUUAUGUGUCAUUGGUAAAAACUAUGAUUAUGACCAGGCUAGACGUGCUUGUGCAAGCAAUGGAAUGAAUUUGUUUAUGAUUGACUCUGCUGAAAUCGAUGAAGCAUUCUUUGAAGCUACAGAAGAUUUCUUUUUGCAUUAUCCAAGGAGCUCGUUUUGGGUUAAUGGACAGCGAAAUCCACAAACAAAUGAAUGGUUCGUCUAUCGCUCGAAUAGAGUUCUUCAAAGUCCACUUUAUAAGGAGUUUGAAUGGAUAAAACUUUGGAAUAUUAAUGGUGUAUCAAAUGGAAAUUGCCUUCGUCUUACUAGUCAGUUUGGUCCGUAUCAAGGUCUUGGUGAUGUUUGUGAUAUGGCAGGAUAUCCAAUUUGUGAAUUUAAUGGACGAUUGUAACUUGUUAUUUACAUGAAUCAACUGUUGCUUUAAUAUGAAAAGCAGCAUUUAUGAAAGCACAUUACUAAGAGCAAAAAUACUUAAGAAUAAGAGCUAUAUAGUAGUAUAGUGUAUGUAGUAUAUAGUAAGAGCUACUUUUUAUUCAAAUAAUUAAAAACUAUUAUUGUAUUAAUAAAUUUUGGAUCCAAUUUGAGCGUUUUACUGUCUUUUCAUGCCCUUUUUACAGUCCAACUUUAAUAAGAAAUAAUAAUUGCAAAUGUGUUAAAAAUUGAGAAUAAAAAGAGUGAAAAUAUUCUUUCGAUGCACAUUUGUGCAUGUAAAUAAACAAAAAAAUAUUUAGCAAUUAUCUACCGACUGUAAAAGACAAAAGAUAAAAAAAACUUCAAAAAAGAUAAAAUCGCAAUAAAAAUUGAACUUCG